AUGGAGGGUCCAUUAUCAAAAUGGACGAAUGUUGUUCAUGGCUGGCAGUUUCGAUGGUUUUUACUUAAAAAUGAUGCUUUAUGUUACUAUACGUCUCGUGAAAAAAUGAAGAAAAAACAGCUACGAGGUUGUAUUCGUCUUCGAGGCGCAGUUAUUGGAAUUGAUGGUGAGAAUACGUCGCUUUUUACGCUAACUGUUGAUGGCAAAACCUUUCAUCUCCAGGGCCGCGAUCAGAAAGAAAGAGAUAAUUGGGUUCGAGCACUGGAGACUACAAUACAUGAAUUAAGCGGCUAUUAUAAACCAUCAUCUGUGCAAUCACUUUCAAUUACUCUCAAAUGCAAGGUACGGAGUCUUGAGAAUUUGAAUUCCACUGUUAAUGAUCAAAACGAUUCAUUGAGUGAAAUUAUUCAAACGACUAAUUGUUUAAUGGAUAUUGUUAAACAUUCUAUUAUUUUGCUUCAAAUGGCCAGAAAUCGAGUGAAUGGUGAUUCUGGAUCCUCCAAAGACCUUCUAGAUGACUGUUCUGAUGAAGAAAAUCAGUCAUCUAUGAGAAAGGCAGAGAUUGUGUCACCAAUAUCAUAUUCAAGUAGUGAAGAUGAAUUUUUCGAUGCUGAAGGUUUAUCCGAAGAAAAUUCUCCGUCAAAAAUAGCCGGUGAUCGAGAUGGUCGAAUUCAUUUCAAGUCAACUUUGAUUGAACCAGUAUAUAAUGAUGAUAAUGAAGAUUUUGACGCGAUUUAUGAUGACUCAGAAGAACAUGAAGUAGGGGAUAUGCAACAACAACAUGGAUCAGUUUUAAUGCAUCUUUUAUCACAGGUUAGUGUUGGAAUGGAUUUAACUAAAGUUACAUUACCAACAUUUAUAUUAGAACGACGUUCUUUGUUGGAAAUGUAUGCUGAUUUUUUUGCUCAUCCUGACGAUUUUAUUGCUUCUGCUGUUCAUUCUACUCCUGAACAACGUUUUAUAGCAGUCGUUAAGUAUUAUUUAGGUGCAUUCUAUGCAGCGCGAAAGAGCGGUGUCGCUAAAAAGCCUUAUAAUCCUAUUCUUGGAGAAAUUUUUAGAUGUCGUUGGACUUUGCAGGAUUUGCCAAAAACGGGUGUCAAAACAGUUCGAGGUCCCUUUCCUGGUUCUGAUCUUAGUCAGUUGACAUUUAUUGCUGAACAAGUUAGCCAUCAUCCGCCAAUUUCUGCUUUUUAUGCUGAACUACCUUCUCAGAAAAUAUCGCUUAAUGCUCAUAUAUGGACCAAAUCAUCUUUCCUCGGAUUGUCUAUUGGUGUAACAAAUAUUGGUUGGGCUUCUGUAAAAUUGCAUGAAUUCGAUGAGGAAUAUAGAGUUACGUUUCCUAACGGAUAUGGACGUUCGAUAAUGAGCACUCCAUGGAUUGAACUCGGUGGAAAAGUAAAUGUUAAUUGUGAUAAAACUGGUUAUUAUGCGGAGAUUACUUUUCUUACAAAGCCAUUUUUCGGUGGCAAAGCACAUCGUAUCGAAGGAAGUAUUUAUCGCCCAGGACUCAAAAAACCAAUUCUUACCAUCAAAGGUGAAUGGAAUGGGUUGAUAUAUGCCAAACCAUUUUCGGGUGAUGAAUACGAAAUGGUUAAUGUUCGAGAAAAACUAGAAGUGAAAAAGGAAUGCGUACCGGUGGCAGAACAAGGUGAUAGAGAAUCGCGUCGUCUUUGGAGGCAUGUAACUGUUGGUUUAAAAAAGAAUCAAAUCAAUGAUGCAACAGCUGCUAAACGAUGGAUUGAGCAACGACAACGAGAUGAAGCGAAAUAUCGCCAGGUCUAUUUUUCAUCUAGUUGGAAUCUUAAACAAUGCACAGUGAAUGUGUUCAUUGAUUUAUCAUUUCAGGAAAAUGGCAUAUCUUAUCAACCCCAAUACUUUGAGAAAUCUGGUGAUGAUUGGAUUUAUAAGGAUGUCUUUCGAAAUGAUUCAUUUUAG